AUGUUAUCUGAAAUGGACAGCAACCACAGUCUUUUGUAUUAUGAAGCUCUGGCUUGCAAUUUAACAGCUCCUGGUCAAGGUGCAAUGCAAAUCGCCCAGCUCUUCUUGAUGCCAGCCAUCUUUUUGGUAGUGUUGGUGCUUGGUGUGCCCCUUAACAUCAUCUCCCUGUGGGUGUUGUCCCGUCGGUUGGCAUGGAGUAACCGAAGUACCCUGUUCCUCCACAACCUAGCGUUGGCUGACAUUUCCUGGCUGAUGGCCUUGCCAUUCCUCAUCCAGUUUCACGUCUCUGGGUUGGAGUGGUCACUUGGCUUGAUUUUUUGCAAACUUGUCCGUAUGCUCUACCAUUCCUACUUCUACCUGAGCAUAUUCUUUGUGACUUGUGUGAGUGUAGACCGCUACCUGGCCAUCGUUCACCCUGUUUAUUCACCUGUUAUCCUUACUCGCCAACGUGCCAUUAUGUUAUGCGUCACUGUUUGGGUGUUUGCCAUAAUGAUGAGCAUCCCAGUGGCCCAGAUGACUUACCUCUCAAACUGUCAGAGUGACAACAAGACUGUGUGCUCUAUGUACAUCUUCAUGGAUAUUGUCAAACAGAGCUUGCCGUAUUCCCUCUGCUGUAGCUGUGUGGGAUUCCUGCUUCCAUUUAUAGUGCUGAGCUACUGUUACAUACGCAGUGUGUGCCAGCUACGCAGACGGGUUGACCCACGUCUCAGAGGACUGGCCUGGGAGCUCGGUGCAGCCAUGGUCUUGUUUGGACUCUCUUACUUACCAUAUCAUAUCAGUCGGAAUAUGGCUAUCGCCAUGCCAGCACUAGCACCAGAUAAUCCAUCAGCAUGGGAGGUGGCUGACUUCGUGUUUUGUCUAGAGAUGUGUGUGUGCAGUUUCACUUCCUGUACUAACCCUCUAUUCAGCUGCUUCGUGGGGAGGACACUCCGGAGGGAACUAUGGUCAACUCUCACCAAGCUGUGGAAGAAGCACAGAGUGGAGCCAGAGCAUGAGGAAGAGAAAAAAACUGAAGAGUCGAUGAUUCGAGUUAAAAAGGCAACACGUUAAACCCUGUUCCACCAGAGCACCAUUACAACAGUGAACUUAUUUACACUUGGAAAUAAUAGAACACAGAAAGAUGCAUCAGA